CUCACGGCCUGGAGGAGCUGCCGCCGCUGCUGCUGCUGCCGCUGCUGCUGCUGCGGUGUUUACUGAGCGCUCCUGUCCUGAUAUCACUCCGCUGGCAUGGAGGAGGAGGAGGUGGAGGAGGAGAGCAUUUGAUCAUUGUGAUGGUGGCAGGAGGAGCAGCAGCAAGCAAAGCAGAGCAAAGCGUUAGGCUGUAUCAGCUCGGCGUUUUGCAAAGACUUCAGAGCUCUACUUUUUCUUUUUCUUUUCUUUUUUCUUUCUUUUUUUUUUUUCUCCUCCAGCUCAGCCCGGAUUGUUCAUGUGUUUACUUCCCCCAGCCCGAGGAUUUGCUAUUUAGGUUCCUGUUGAAAUGCAGCCGAGCAGCCAAAGUACUUUGCGAACACGGUGCGGCAUAAACACCCAAACUUUUUUCUAGAAGGAAAAUACAAUCAGAAAGCGGCUUGGCCUGUCUUUUGAUGCCGGGGAGUGUGAGUGAGUGUGCCGUGUGUGCCCAGCGUGUGCCUCUGUGUGGAUGUGGGUGUGCGAACGUGCGUGUGAACGGCUGCGUGUGUCUGCGUGUGUACAUGUGGAGAGGAGAGUGUGUUUCUCCAUGGGGAGAGAAGGAUUUUGGGAAAAUCUCCGGAAAUCUCAUGUAAUCUAUUUUGAAUUAAUGGAUUAUAAAAAAGAAAAAGGAGGAAAGGAACUGGUCUGAUAUCUCCUGGAGUUUGCUACCCGAAUUGCUGCUGCUUAGUUUGUUGUGCUGCUUUUUUGUGUGUGAGUGUGUGUGUGUGUUUGCUGGUUGUGAUGCUGGUGAUAACCUUUUAGCACCUUCUCUCUUUAUCCCCCUCCCUCUCUCUUUUUAAUGUUUUGGAGCUUCUCGAGAGGGAUUGGCUAGGGGGAAAGAGAAACAUUUGCUUGGGAUUGCCGUUUCCCUGAUACAUGGUGGUGCCCCCUCCCCCCCCUCGGUUCUCUAGAAAGUAUCCCAUCAGGACCCCGGAGGAGACUGUGUGUGUGUGAAGGGUAGGAUAAAAAAGUUCUUCCAAAAUAGUGUGCACGGGGAAGAGGAUGGGGGAUUUUGCAGCCCCCGCUGCCGCCGCGAAUGGCAGCAGCCUCUGCAUCAACAAUAACCUGAACAGCAGCCUCAGCGGGGCCGGCGGGGCCGGUAUCGGGGCUAACAGCACUCCCCACGGUCUUUCUGCCGCCGCUCCCGGUAACAAUAACGCGAACAGCGGCGGCAUUCCCAAGCACAGCACGGUGGUGGAGCGGCUGAGGCAGCGCAUCGAAGGCUGCCGGCGGCACCAUGUCAACUGCGAGAGCAGGUACCAGCAAGCCCAGGCGGAGCAGCUGGAGCUGGAGCGCAGGGACACUGUGAGCCUCUACCAGCGGACCCUGGAGCAGAGGGCCAAGAAAACCGGCACCGGCGGCAACAAGCAGCAGCAUCCGAGCAAACAGCAGCAAGAUGCCGAGCCUGCCGCGGCGGAGCAGAGGAACCACACUCUGAUCAUGCUUCAAGAGACAGUCAAAAGGAAGUUGGAAGGUGCACGUUCACCUCUCAAUGGAGAACAGCAGAAUGGAGUUUGUGAUGGGAACUUUUCUCCAACCAGCAAGCGCAUACGGAAGGAUGUACCAGGCAUCGAGGCAAUCAACAACUUGCCCAAUAAUUUGCCCUUGCCUGCUGUUUCUCCUCUUCAUCAGCUUGACAUGAAAGCUUCCCUGCCAUUGCAAAACAGUGGAACUCACAGUAGUGGUCUAGAAGACUUGGGUAAAAAUGGCGGGCUUUCUGAGAUCAAGCUCCCCAUUAAUGGUUGCAAUGAGCUAGAUGAUAGUUUUAACAUCUUGCAGAACAAGGAGCUAAAGCAAGAGCCUUUGGACGAUCCCAGCUGCAUAGACACUUCUGAAACAUCUCUUUCAAAUCAGAACAAACUCUUCUCAGACAUUAACCUGAAUGACCAAGAGUGGCAGGAGCUAAUAGAUGAACUAGCAAACACUGUUCCAGAAGAUGAUAUACAAGAUUUGUUCAACGAAGACUUUGAAGAGAAGAAGGAGCCAGAAUUCCCCAGGCCUGCUGCAGAGACUCAAGAGAGUGCAAGUGUGAAAAGUGAUCCGUCUCAUUCUCCAUUUGCUCACGUCCCAUUAGGGUCUCCCCAGGUGAGGCCUUCUUCUUCCGGUCCUCCGUUUUCAAAUGUCUCCACAGCUUCUAGCAUAGCUUCUGUGUCCAGUGCCCCACCAGCCCCGAUCCCAGCUGGCUCACCAGCAAACUGUGUCGUUCAAUCACCUCAAACUCCCAACCAGGCCCACACUCCGGGCCAGACGCAGACACGGUCUGGAAAUGGCUAUCUUAUAAAUCCAGCAGCAGCAACUGUGGCAGGAUCAGGGCCUGGGCCUGUGAAUAUGCCAAGCGCUGACUUGUCUCCAGCUGAACAGCUCAAGCAAAUGGCAGCCCAGCAGCAGCAAAGAGCUAAGCUCAUGCAGCAGAAGCAGCAGCAGCAGCAUCCAAAUCAACCCUCAAGCUGGUCACCUGUGGGCCCUCCAUCUAGCCCAUAUGGAGGACCUUUUAGUGCAGACAAACCAAAUAGCCCAAUGAUGUAUCCCCAAGCCUUUAACAACCAAAACCCAAUAGUGCCUCCUAUGGCAAACAACCCACAGAAGACCACAAUUAAUAACUACCUCCCUCAAAAUCACAUGAAUAUGAUCAGUCAGCAGCCAAAUAACCUGGGCACAAACUCCUUAAGCAAACAGCCCAAUAUGCUUUCUUAUGGCAACACCAAACCUCUGACCCACUUCAAUGCUGAGCUGAGUCAGAGGAUGACACCACCAAUGGCAAAUCCCAGCAAGAACCCCAUGAUGCCAUACAUCCAGCAGCAGCAGUCCCAGCAGCCACAGAUGCAAGCUCAGAUGGCGCACCUGAGUGAGGAACAGAAACGCAUGCUCAUCAUGAAGCAGAAAGGAAUGAUGAAUCAGCCCAUGGCGUAUGCAACACUUCCUUCCCUUAGUCAGGAGCAGCAUCAAGUGGGAUUAUCUCGGACCACGGGACCUUUGCAGCCUUCUGUCCCACCAGGCUCCAGCAGCGUGGUCACAGGCACAAGCUCUGGGGGUCCCUUCCUGGGAAACCAACCUCAAGCAGCCAUCAUGAAGCAGAUGCUGAUCGAGCAGAGAGCCCAGCUACAUGUGAUAGAGCAGCAGAAACAACAGUUUCUAAGAGAGCAAAGGCAGCAGCAGCAGCAGCAGCAGCUCCUAGCAGAGCAGUUGCAGCAGCAGUCGCAUUUGCCUCGGCAGCACCUGCAGCAGCAGCGGAGCCCAUACCCGGUGCAACAGGUCAAUCAGUUCCAAGGUUCUCCCCAGGAUAUAGCAGCUGUGAGAAACCAAGCAGCACUCCAGAGCAUGAGGACGUCCCGAAUGAUGGCCCAGAACGCAAGCAUGAUGGCAAUGGGUCCCUCCCAGAACCCGAGCACGCUGCCCACGACCGCAGGCCAGUCAGACCUGGGCAUGGCUCCUUACAGCAACGCCUCUUCCAGCCAGCCGGGAAUGUACAGUAUGAGCACGGGGAUGAGCCAAAUGUUGCAGCACCCAAACCAAAGUGGCAUGAACAUGGCACAUAACGCAGGCCAGGGGACGAGGCAGCCCGCCUCUGGACAAGCGGUGGGAAUGGUCAGCAGUUUUGGUCAGAACAUGCUGGUAAACUCUGCUCUUCCCCAACAUCAGCAACAGAUGAAAGGAGCUGUGGGCCAGGUCUUACCCAGGCCACAAGCACCGCGACUUCAAAACCUGAUGGGGACCGUCCCUCAAGGAACACAGAACUGGCAGCAGCGAGGCUUACAAGGUAUACCUGGAAGGACUAGCAGUGAAAUGGCGCCCUUCAAUAAUGGCACAACGUACCCGAUGCAGCCUGGGCAGCCACGGCUGACCAAGCAGCAUUUCCCACAGGGGCUUAAUCAGACAGUUGUGGACACGAGUGGAACAGUAAGAGCCCUGAACCCAGCAAUGGGGAGACAGUUGCUGCAACCACUACCUGGGCAACAGGGAGCCAGCCAGGCCAGGCCCAUGGUAAUGCCUGCAAUAAGCCAAGGGGUCCCAACAAUGCCUGGCUUCAGCCAGCCUCCGACACAGCAGAUGCCAGGUGGUAGCUUUGCUCAAAGCAGCCAAGGCCAGGCCUACGAGAGGAAUCCCACUCAGGACAUAACUUACAACUACAGUAAUGAAGGAGCUGGGGGGUCAUUCUCCAGUUUAGCAGAGGGCACAGACCUUGUGGACUCAAUUAUUAAGAGCGGACCAGGGGAUGAGUGGAUACAAGAACUUGAUGAGUUGUUUGGAACCCCCCAGUGAAUGGAUUUGUAUAGUCUGGAGCUUUGGUUUUUACAUUUGGGAAAGAAAAAAAGGAGAAAGUUGGAUGUUCUCCCCAUCCUUGGAUUGUUGGUUUUUCUGUUUGAAUUGGUUUGAUUUGGGAUUUUUUUGGUUUUGUUUGUUUUUGAUCGUGCAAACUGAGCUUAUCCAUAGCUGACUUUGGAAGAUUCAAGGGUCGAAUCCCAAGAAUCUCGCCAUCCCAAGACUUACACCAAGCAAUCGCUGUUGUGUGGCAGCACCCACUUUCUGUUGGCAGGGGGGCAGGAUGGGGAAACUGGAAAAGUCAGCUGAUGCCUCUGGUUGGGAGAAUUUGGUCUUUCCCCGCUGACAUGAGGCUUCGUUGCACAGCAGUAGGAGUGGUACUGGUACCUCCCACCUCACACAACUGCAAACACAUUGCAGCUUUCAGGGAAGCAGAUGCAAACAGCUGUGAGCAAAGGCUAAAGAUGUCCAUGGGCAAUUGCACAGGCCCUGGUCAGAAAUAGGCUUAACCCUGGGGGCAAGCAGGUCGUGGUGAGCCGUGGGCAGGCACGCAGGGCUGACUCUGGAUUGUAACACACAGUACACACGUGACAAACCUAAACAGGCACAGGGAGGUUGCCAUUUUCACUGUAGAGUGAUAAAUAUCCAAUAAAAGUGUAGGAGAGCGUAAAUUUGGCAGUGUGGUGAGGACAGUUUGAUUACAGAGCUGCUUCUGGAGAUGGCUUAGGUGAGUGGGUUAACUUAAUGAGCUAUUUAGUCCCCUUGACAUUUGCAAUAGUGCUUCCCUGUCAGAGCACUUUGACAAUUGCCGGCUGCCUGGGGGUGCAAGAACAGCAGCUACAAAUGGAGUUGAAGGGCUAAGAGCUGCCAAGAGACAUUAGUGUAGGUCCUAAGUGAGUCCCUAAGUCCUCUUCCUCCCCAGUAUGUUUCCGGCUCACUUCCUUCUUCUCCUCUCCUUCAGCAUAAGGCAAGACGAGCUCGCUGCACGUUUGUUCAGGUGAGCAACAAGUGCCACAAAGGGACAGGCAGGGGAGGAGAACGCAGGCAUGAGGAAAUGUACAGGGAGGGUUUGGCACAGAGGGUGAGUUUCUCCUCUGCUCUUGAAAAGCGCAAGUUUGGCAGGUGGUGUUGCCCUGGGGUGCCUGGGCUCCCAAUGUGAUGUUAUGUGAUCUUCAGUUUUAAACAGAUGUUUGGUCUAAUCUCUCUAGUUUGCUGGAAUAAGAGUUACUGCAAUAUUUGAAGAACAGGAAUCAAUGAAGAACUAAUGUAAAGAUCAUUCAUGAAAGGGUUAAAUGCUUGAUGUAGUUAUUACAAACACGGUGUCAGCCCAAAGAAUCUUUCAGGUGACAGCGAGGUAUGACUGUCUCUGCUGUGUGAAGCAGUGCUGAGCAACACUACAAUGAAGUCAUGACGUGUCUUGUGCCAUAUCAAGCCACCAGCCAUUCUGAAUGUCUAUAGCAGCAGUUCCCAAGCUGCAGCCUGAGGCCAAGGCAAGCUGUCCUCUGAAAACUGUCACCUUUUGCAGUGUUUUCAGCUGAGAGCUGCUUAUCAGGUUAUGUAGUGAUGCACAUAAAAUGUUAACGUUACCUGCGGUCCAAAAAGUUUGGGAUCCAUAAGGUGUGCUCUGCAGGGAAAGCAUCUCUAGUGUUCAGCUCCAAGUACCAUCCCUCCAGCUACCCAUCACCUCCUCGUGUGCCGCUCUCCCUGAGCCCAGUGCCACGAGGUGCUCAGCCGCUGAAACACACAGGAGCUAGGAGCCUUGGCACCUGGCAUUUUCAAACCCUGCCUUUCCUUGUGCAGCACAGAUAGGCAUCACAUGAAGGAGUAGGAGUAAAAUGGGCCUGGAACCAUCUCAGCACCUUGUUACGAUUCCCUUUUGUGCAGCGACCCCUUGCAAGGCUUACGUAGACAAGGGGAAGUAGCGGUUUUAAAUACUAUAAUACAGGCAGGACAAGCUGUGUUUUUAACAUGGACUUGCUGGUCAAGGAGAGCUAUCAAUCCAGCAUUGCCCUGACUGCUAUUUUUUUUAAAUGCUUUAGUUCCAUCUCUUUUAGCUAACCCUUUUUUAAAAUGCAACACUAGGACCUAUUCGGUUCCUGCUGAAGAUGAUACGAGUUGGCCUGUGCGCUGCUUCAGCAGGAGCCAGGAUGGGCCAUAAUUCAGUGAAAGAGAGCACCAGGCAAAGUUUUCAGUCUGUCUGGCAGGUAAGCGGUUCUUGGGGAGACCAAUCUGAAGGGAAGGGAUAGGCAAAGAGUGAAAGAAGUGGUACUCUGAAGGCAUGAGGGCGCAGUGAGGCUGUUGCAUGGAGGGACGGCACCAUGUCCCUUUCUUCGGUGUGACGGACUGGGUUCUCCUGCCAACACAGAGGGGUUAGAAACACAUAGCCACCACACAGCAGCCAACUGCAAAUCCAUGUUCAUCAGGGAGACAGAGGCUGCGGGGAAUAAAUGAUGAUGGAGGCCAACUCUGUCGUCUUUGUAAAGCUUCCUCCAAAUACUCCGUACUGGGACCAAGUACUAAAGAGGUAGAUUUUAUUAGAUCUGGGAUUGGUAUUUUUUCUUUCUUACUAUGGUGCUGAUGUAUAUGUAAUGUUAAAAAAAAAUGUUAUUUGUAAAUAUGUUUUUACAAUUCUACAGAUAUCACUGGGUCUACUAUCUGUAAAAUAUAUACAUAUAAAUAUAUAUAUAUACUGUUUGUUUAAAAUAGAGUAUUUUUAUUUCAUUCCUUAACUCAUCCUUGCUGCAGUGGUAUUGCACUUCAGAUGAUGUCUAAUUACUAAUUUGUACUGUAUCCCUGACAGCAACUUGCUCCAUUUUAUUCAGAUUUUUCUAGUUUUCUGGUUUUACUUUGUACAUUAAGCAUUGCUUAUUUCCUUUUAAGACCUGUACAGAGCUCUGAAAAUGUAGAAAAAGACCUGAUGUUAACAU